AUGCCCAACCCGCUUAAGUCCUCGAAUAGCGCCUCGCCUUUCAUCAAGAGAGAGCAGCUAAGAAGAGACUUUUUGAGAUCUCGUCUCAAGAAAAACGGGACUCCGCGUCCAUAUGUGAAGAAAGAGGACCCCGAGGCAUAUGAUGAGAGGACGAGACAGCUUUUGAGUGGUGGUCAGUCACACUCUGGCAUUAAGAGGGAAGAAGGCUCCCAGUAUAAUGAGUUCCCCUUGCGAGCCGUGUCGCAUGAACAGCUAGAGAACAUCAGGACGCACAUUCUGAAGUUCCAAAGUAAGAAGAAGGUAGAUCCCCAACGAGACAUGCAUCUGCCUGUCAGAUUGCAUCGUAAGGACACCCGUAAUUUACAAUUCCAGCUUACAAGAGCGGAGAUCGUGCAACGGCAAAAGGAAAUAGCUGAAUACAAAAUGAAAGCAGACUCUGAGCGCAACGGGGGCGAGCAAAGUCAAGCCGGUAGCUCUGCUACGAACUUGCAAUCUGAUUCAAAUGUUGCAAGCUCUGCUGCCCAAACGCCAGUGGAGACACCUGGAGAUACUCCAGCAGACACACCUGUAAAGCAAGAGUCAGUUAAAGAAGAACAUGGAUCAUCAAGCAUGGCCAUUAAAAAGGAGGGCGCUGAUUUGCCAGCCACCAAACUCGAGGAAGCGGGGGUUGCAGAGGAUCCGACUAAGGUCGGAAUGGUUAAGUAUGACGGGAAGGAGAAGCCUUUGGAAACAGAAAGCAAGGAGGAUCCGUUCGCAGAUGUCGCACCAGAUGGCGGUGGGAGGUUCAGAAGAGGCAACACGAAAAGGAAAACUAGACAACUGAAGCUCCUUGACGAAAAUGCUAAGCGCUUAAGAUUCGAAGAAUUUUACCCAUGGGUUUUGGAGGACUUCGAUGGACUGAACACGUGGGUUGGGUCUUACGAAGCUGGUAACUCGGAUUCUUACGUGCUACUCAGUGUUGAAAAUGAUGGCAGUUUCACGAUGAUUCCUGCGGACAAGGUGUACAAGUUCACGGCAAGAAACAAGUACGCAACCUUAACCAUCGACGAGGCAGAAAAACGCAUGGAGAAGAAUGGAAAAGGUAUCCCUCGUUGGCUAAUGAAACACUUGGAUGAUAUCGGCACGACCACAACAAGAUAUGAUAGAACACAGAGAAAACUACGCGCAGUUGAUGCGCGUCAGGGUGAAGAAGACGAUAGGAAUGAUAACUCUGAAGUUGAGCUUGAUUUUGAUGAAGAAUUUGCCGACGAUGAAGAGGCGCCCAUCAUCGAUGGCGACGAAAAAGAAAAUAAGGAGUCUGAGCAAAGAAUCAAGAAAGAAAUGCUUCAAGCCAAUGCAAUGGGCCUGCGUGAUGAUGACGAGGAAGCAGAUGAUGAUCUUUUCGGUGAAAAAAAAAUCGACGAUGAGGGCGAAAGAGUGAUGAAAGCGCUACAAAAGUCAGACAUGGCCGCUUUGUACGAGUCAGAUGAUGAGUCGAAGUCCAACCCAUACCUGUCUGAGUCGGAAGGUGAAAAUACGGAAGAAGCUAAGGCCAAAGACGAAAACCAAGAAAACGGCAAGUCCAGUAGAAAGGGAUCACCUAAGAAAAAAUCCUCUAGGGGUUCCCCUAGCGGGCCACGCAUAUACGUUAAAAGUAUCAAAGACUUUCAGCUUGUACUACGGGCCGACAAAUCAGUUCUUCGCAACUUUCCAGAAGGAAACUGGAAUCCUCACGCGAAAGACGAGAAAUCGAGAACACCCGGAGCCGCUUCUUCACCUUCGUCUCCCCCUAUCAAGAUCGAAGACGAUAUUGAAAAUCCGGACCUCUUGACAGAGAGGGAUAUAAUUGAUGUUGUUACAGGACGCCAAAUGACUCUAAAACAGCUCAUUAAGGAGCUCAAAGAGAAAGUCGCAAAACACCCAUCUAAUAAGGAUAGAAUGAAGUACUUGGUCAAAAGGUUGGUAAGACUAAACAACGGUUAUUUGGAGCUUAACAAAUAA